GUCUCGGUUUUGUCGACUUGAUCUCUUCUUGCUGUUAUCCACCAAUGCCAAUUUGUAAAACGGCCUGCCAAAACUGUGUCCUCUUAAAAGCCCGUUGUUUUACAGAAAUUCAAAAUUCAAUAUCUGAACGACGUUGAAUCUGUUUCAUUCAUUCAUUCAUUCAUGGCGAUUUCUCCGGAACCUUUCCUGCCAAGAAAGCGGCAACCAUCGGCCCGUUCGUUCAUGUCACUGAAGCUCUCCGACCGAGACCUUAUCCAAUCGCUUCUGCUUUUGACCCAAGAAAUUUCUGCUUCAAAACCCUUCCGAUAUCUUCACAAGCGGAAUUCGGUUUCGCUAAUCGGCAAAGCAAAGCUUCUUUCGGUCCUAUUCGAAGAGUUUCUUCAUCGCAAUCCUCUCCCUGUUCUCUCUCCCUCCGCGAGCCUGUGCUUCGAUGAACUCCACGUUGCUUUGCAGAGAGUCAAGGCUCUUAUCGAGGACUGCUCCGACGGAAGCAAGAUGUGGCUUCUCCUGCAGAAUCAAUCGGCGGCCAAUAGCUUCCACGAACUCACCUUGGAGCUGGCGACUCUGCUCGAUAUUUUCCCGUUGAAAGAGGCUAAUCUGAACGACGACGUUGAAGAGCUCGUCGUUUUGAUCAGAAACCAGCUGAGAUCUCGAACCAAUGCGAACUGCGUGGUGGAUCCGAGAGACGACGAGCUUAGACUCGAGGUUCUGGCCAUGCUCGACCGGAUCAAAAGCGAGAUCGUCCCCGAUUCCUCCGAGCUUGCCGAGAUCUUCUCGAGGCUAGGGCUUCGCGACGCUUCGAGUUGCAGAGAGGAGAUCGAGAAUCUGGAGGACGAGGUCCAGAGCCAGAGCCACGAGAAAUCCAAGACCGAGUUGAUUGUCGCCUUGAUCGGACUCGUUCGCUACGCGAAAUGCGUUCUAUUCGGAGCUUCGACACCGGAACCGGACUCCCCGCGCCGGGAACCUUCGUCGGAGGUAGUUGUUCCGGCAGAUUUCCGGUGCCCGAUCAGCCUGGACUUGAUGCGCGACCCGGUGGUCGUGGCGACUGGACAGACGUACGAUAGGGACUCCAUCAAGUUGUGGAUGGAUUCUGGACACGCGACGUGUCCGAAGACGGGUCAGACACUAGCCCACACGUGUUUAAUCCCAAACCUCGCUUUGAAGAAUCUCAUAGCUAUGUGGUGCCGGGAGGAGAAGAUACCCUUUGAAACCAAUGGGACUAACCGGAGAGUCAACGGCUUUAAAACGAACAAGGCGGCGUUGGAAGCCACGAGAAUGACGGUGAUGUUUUUGGUUAACAAGUUGUCCGAGUCGCAGUCAAUGGAGGCCGCGAACGGCGUUGUUUACGAGCUCCGUGUACUCGCCAAGACAGACUCGGACAGCCGAGCCUGCAUUGCCGAAGCUGGUGCUAUCCCUUUGCUCGUAAGGUACCUAGGCUCGGAUGUUGGUUCGGAGCACCCUAACCUCCAGGUUAACGCUGUUACGGCGAUCCUUAACCUCUCUAUCCUCGAAGCGAACAAGACGAGGAUUAUCGAGACAGACGGAGCCUUAAACGGUGUCGUCGAGUUGCUACGUUCGGGUGCAACGUGGGAAGCGAAAGGGAACGCAGCGGCCACGAUAUUCAGCCUCACGUGUGUACAGUCCCUGAGAAAGAAACUCGGGAGAAAGACACGCGUUAUCAAGGGAUUGAUGGAGUUGGUCGAAAGCGGACCCACGAGCUCCAAGAAGGACGCACUGGCAGCAAUUAUGAAUUUGACGGCAGACAGGGAGAGCGUUGGGCGGUGGGUGGAGGGAGGGGUGGUGCAGCUGGCAGUUGGGUUGAUGGACAGGUUUCCGGAAGAAGCGGUGUUCGUGCUGGAAACGGUGGUGAAGAGGGGCGGCUUAGUUGCUAUUGCGGCGGCCUUUGAGGCGAUUAGGAAACUGGGUGUCGUAUUAAGGGAUGGUUCGGAGAGAGCCCAAGAAAGCGCGGCAGCUACGCUCGUCACUUUAUGCCGGAAGGGGGGCUUAGAAUUGGUGGCGGAGUUGGCGUCCACUCCGGGGAUUGAGAGAGCCACAUGGGAGUUAAUGCAAACCGGAUCCGUGAGGGCACGAACGAAGGCCGCUAUGCUCUUGAGGAUCCUCAGAAAAUGGGCUGCUGGUUUGGAUAGUCGUGCAGUAAUGGGUGGUAACACCACUUCCACGAAUCUGAUGAGUUCGUCAACAACAGUUGUGCUCCAUUAAGAUUCUUUUGAAAGAAACUCUCAUUUAAUGGUUUGUUCGUUUGUAUUUUAAUCACCCAUUCUUUUUGUAUGUGUUCAUAAUACAAUCAAUUAAUGUUUCUGAGUGUUUGAUUUUCA